AAUCCUAUCGCGAUUAAACGGUGUCGAACAGCCGUCAGGUCCGUCGGAGUCGCAGGGAUACAAGAGAGAAAAAAAAAAUGCGGAGAUAACGCACAGGCGUGUCGGGUGUCGAAGUAGAGUUAGGUAACGAUUAGAGGUUAGAAGCAGGAGAAUGGGCAAGUCCGUGCCGUAAGUUCGAACGACAGCGUCGUUACGUUGUCGCGUAAGGCGAGAUAGACAAGGGUAGACAAGCUGCGAUCAUUAUCGUGAAAAGUUGCAGGGUAGGGGAUCUCGCUCUGGGUGCGAUCUUCGGCGAGAAGAGGGGAGGGCGAUCGGCGCGCGUGCAAGCUGGUGCGAGUGAGCGGCGAGCGAGCGCGUGUGACUUUCGCCGAGAAAUGUCGUCGGCGCUCGCAGCGUGUUAAACGGCUAAACAUGUCCAGACCGCUGGUCGGUCACACAACCGACGGCGGCGGUGCGGUUCAGACAGUUGUGACCUGCGUGGUGUGCGAGCGAACUGACAAGCUGCUGAGGUGCUCGCGCUGCAAGGCGGUCUUCUAUUGCACGAAGGAGCAUCAGCGGAGCGACUGGAAACGCCACCGGGACUUCUGCGCGACCCAUCCGGCGACGUCCGGCGAGCAUCUCUCCGUCGACAAGCUACCGAGCGCGCCAGUUUCUAACCUAGCCAGGAUCCCCAUCUCGGACACGUCAUGGGUGACGAACGUCAUCUCGGAGCCGUAUCGGAACGCGAAGCAAUUCGCAGCUUCUAUUACGCAAGGAGAAAACGAAUCGAGUCAGCACGAGCGGAAGGAGAAUCUUAAGAAGAAGCCGAGUAGCGGGAAGACGAGGAACGUGCGCAACAAUAAGGCCGACGCUUGGACCUUACCUAUAACGUACGAGGGAAGUUCGGAGGACACCAUACUGGGCGCCAGGGCGGAACUCCUGAAUCCUGUCUUGGAAAGCUCGAGAAUCUUUGAGAAUCUAAACAACGCGGACCUUGGAAUGCCUACCCGGCAUCAUAACGGCACCAAGAACUUCCCAGAAGUACAAUUGGGCCAGAAGGAAGAACUUUUGCCCCCUUUUUUACAUAGAAAUAGAGACGAUAUCGAGGAGCUGUUGGACGAAAUUUGCCGAAAUGUGAUAAGAGAUAUGAACAAUUUCGGUGUGUGUGUGGUAGACAAUUUUUUAGGCAAGGAGAGAGGUGAAGCAGUGCUAAGGGAAGUUUUAAAUAUGUACAGUGCUGGUUUAUUUAAGGACGGACAGUUGGUUUCUAAUAAAGCUGGUGCAAAUGACUUAAAAACAAUCCGCGGUGAUCAGAUCACGUGGCUGGACGGGAAGGAGCAACAAUGUCAAAACAUUGGCACACUCAUAUCGCGGGUCGAUGCAAUCAUUAUGAGAGCUAACAAAAUGCACAAUAACGGGAAAAUAGGGAACUAUACAAUCAACGGAAGAACAAAAGCUAUGGUAGCUUGUUAUCCUGGUCAUGGUUCGCAUUACGUAAAACACGUGGAUAAUCCCAACCGGGACGGACGUUGUAUCACAGCCAUUUAUUAUCUUAAUCAGAAUUGGGACAUUAAGAAGAAUGGCGGACUCUUGAGAAUAUUUCCUGAAGGAUGGCGCGACCAAGUAGCGAAUAUCGAGCCUCUGUUCGACAGGAUAUUAUUCUUCUGGUCUGACAGGCGGAACCCGCACGAGGUGCAACCGGCGUACGAAACGCGAUACGCUAUCACGCUUUGGUAUUUCGACGCCGAAGAAAGGAAUCAGGCUUGCCGAAGAUAUCAAAGAGAACAUCAUAAAUUAUCUUCCCAGGAGAAUUGAACAAGACGAAUCACAUUUCAUGAAACGUGAAAUGGGAAGAAGUACUACGCCCUCUGGACUGAUAUCCUUCAUUCUGUACAUAAAAUAUGAUGUAUUAUUAUGUAUUAUGGUACACAGCUGAUAAAAUCCUUGCGGGAGGAAUUGAAUAGCUUACGAAGCAAACCACUAUUUACCGACAAUGAUUGUUCUUAUAAAGAAAAAGUGCAAUAGACGUAUGCGAAUUUUCUUUUUCUUUACUUUGCAGAUGAAACUGUAAUAUAUGUGAUGAGUUGAUGUGUGUAGUUGUUGCAAUUUAUACUUAUAUGUAUCAUCGUUUAUUUUGACUUUUACGAUCCUGCGUUGUUCACACUCUAACCCCAGUAUUUAAAAUAUCGGUUUUGCAUCCUGCGUUUGAAAGAAAGCUUACAUUCGUGUCGAUCAUUGACUUUUUCAUUACGUAAAGUAUUAAUCAUCCUCGUAUCGUGCAACAUUUUAAAUAUUUUAAACCGUAAGAUAUAUAAUGUGCGAAUUUUUUUUCCAAAACUUGCAGACGUUAUACCUUAAUAUUGUAUUGCAAAUAAAUUUAUCUCUCCGUAA